AUUAUUAAGCUCGAUGAUGAAAGAAAUGAUCAAUCUUGUUCUCGCUUGCUCGCUCUCAUUUGCUCUGCUGACUGCUUUUGUGAGCUCUGCUAACUUCACUGAGCUCUUUGAACCUUACUGGGCACCAGAUCAUAUUGUAGCACUCGAAGGCCAGCCUCUCAAGCUGCAACUUGACACCACUUCGGGAUGUGGGUUUGGGUCAAAGAACAAGUACCUGUUUGGCCAAGUCAGCAUGGAUAUAAAGUUGGUUGAAGGUGAUUCAGCCGGAACGGUCACUGCCUUUUAUACCCAUAUUGUGCUUCCAUUGGUGAGGGUAAACCCACAAUUGUUAAUUCUCUUGACUCUUAAAAAGAGUGGAGAAAGUUCAUUGACAAGGUCUAUCACAUUUGAUGUCAUACUGAAGGCCCAAGCCGUCAACGAGCUCGACUUCGAGUUCCUCGGCAACGUCGGCGAGCCCUACCUCCUCCAAACAAACAUCUACAUCAACGCACGGGAAACCGGGGAGAUACGCAACACCCUCUGGUUCGACCCCGCCAGCUGCCUCCACACCUACGCCCUCCUCUGGACCCGCAACCACCUCCGUUUCCUCGUGGACAACAUCCCCAUCCGCAUCCUCGCCCGGAGAGACCCGAACCCGUACCCUAUCAGCCAGCCCAUGAAAAUAUACGCGUCGGUGUGGAACGCGGACGACUGGGCGACGCAAGGCGGGAGGGUGAAGACGGACUGGAGCCACGCGCCGUUCAUCGCGGAGGUUCGGGGGUUUGGGGUUGAUGGGUGUAAUGUGGUGGAGGAGGAGUGUGAGGAGAAGGAGUUUUGGUGGGAUGGGGAGGGGAAGACGGGUUUGAGCGCGCAUGAGAGGAGGCAGAUGAAGUGGGUGAGGAAAAGGCAUUUGGUGUAUGAUUAUUGUGAGGAUUUGGGGAGGUUUAGCACUGUGCCGGUUGAGUGUUCAGCUUGAUGCAACUUAAUUUGUAAUUAAGGGGUGUGCAUGGAUUGAUAGAUCUAGAUCUAGAUCUAAUCCAUAAAACCAUGAUUAAUUCAAAGAGAAUAAACACAAU